CUCGACUGAUGGAUUACGUGACCCAAUCCUCCUAGGCUGGAGAUUCCAACCAUCUUCGAACUGACGUGGCGCCAGUUCUGUAUGAUGUUUCAGUGCUCGCAGUGCGAUAAAGCAUACCAAAGAAAGACGCAUCUGGUGCGCCAUGAGAGUACACAUAAUCCCCUGCUGACUUCCAGCUGCCCAUUUUGCCAUAAAUCAUUUCAAAAACCGGAGAUCACUCGAAGACAUAGCAAGUCAUGCGCCAAAAAGAAUAAUCAACCCCUGCCUCCUUCAGCUCGACCUGGCAGGAAGCGACUAUCCUGUCAGCCAUGUUUCUUGGCAAAGACGGCUUGCGAUCGGAGCUGUCCAUGCUCUCGUUGCCGGAAUUUAGGGAGACAGUGCAUUUAUGAAACAUCUACUAGCACUUCUUAUCCUGCACAUAUCUCCACGUCAAUGUCCCCUUCACCAGUGAUCAAUAACACUUCGCGCAGAAUGAUAAAUGGCGGAGGCCCAUUUUCUUUUCUUCGGCAUUUUGCCAGCCCAUCGGUACACAAAGACAGGCUUGCCAUAGGAGAGACUGCGAAAUGCUCCAUUCGCAGAAAUUUCGAAAAAUUAUAUACCAACCUCGAAGAUGCCCUUGUGCCUGCGGAUCCGCUAGCGGCCUUUUCCGGUGAUCUCCAGAUACCUGGGAUCUCCACGCAGCUCGCUUUGUCCUCAGAUUACUUUUUCUCCGAAUACCCGUCUGAAGUUCUAUUGCCGUCGAAAUUGUCCAAUCAACUUACUCAAUUGACGAAUGAUCUGGUUGAAACGUCAAAAUCAAUGAUCAACGGUCCCAUAAAUACCCAACAACCACUCGAGCUCAUGGAAUUAUCUGCGGUGCUGAGUGUAUCUAAUAUUCCAUCUUUUAUAUCGGCUUUCUUUCAAUCCCUGCACUGGCACUUACCAAUCGUGCAUUUCCCCACAUUCGACCCAGGCAAUAUUUCGAACCCACUGUUGCUGGCUAUCUCGUUGGCUGGUGCAGCGUAUAGCCUUCCCAGGGACGAUGCAAACUUUUCACCAUAUAUAUUUGACGUGGCGGAGGAGUAUAUCUUUCGGAAAAUUGCGAAUUUAUCAAUUGCAUCAUCUCAGGAAGAUCUGACACAUCUGAUGCCCACCGUACAGCUGAUACAAAGCGCCCUCAUCAUGGAAAUGCUCCAAUUUGGGCGAGAUGACAUCCAGACCAGACGUCGCAUCCGUAUAAUUCGACACCCUUGCCUCGUUUCGACUAUCAGGUCCCUUGGAUUUCUCAAAUUGAAGCGCAGCACGGCUCCCAGGGUCUUUGAUUACUGGACGUGGACGAUGCUGGUCGCGGAAGAGAUGUGUAUCAGAAUUGCAUGCUGGGUCUUCCUCGCGGACGGAUUUCUUACAGUUUGUUUCAAAAAUUAUCCAGCACUCUCGGUUUUCGAGAUGGACUGUCACUUAGCCUGGAGCGCUGAGCUAUGGGAGGCUGAGGAUGCUGAGUCCUUCAGUAAGAUUGCCGUGGCUCAUGCAAUAGACGUGCCUCUCCCUCCUUUGAGUGAAGUAGUGGAUCAGUUACUUGAAACGCCCAAAACCGCUGGUCCAACACCUUGGAGCUCGUCAUUAUCCCCUGAGCAUCUUCUGAUUAUAAUCUACGCUAUAAGCUCCCUCGCAUUUCAGGCUCGGUCAGGCUUGCUCAAGUAUCUCUCGCCUGAAAAGAUUAGUCGAGCUGCCGCUAAUUGGAAACAAAUCUGGGAUUCGGUUGUCAAAACACCGAAGAAAGAGCAAUUAUUGCAUCUUGGUUACCCUAAACAUGCCGAAGAACUUUGGUGGCUUUUAAACGCCACGCUGGAAGUUGCCAACAAGCACGACAAGAGGUUCCCAUAUCUUGACAACGCCGCGACUGAUGAACUUGGGAGCCUGAAUGAUUUCAUUCAAUGGUGUUAUCGAAGUACCUCAUGAAGUUAUGAAUUGAUGAUUAUGACAAUAUACAUUUCUACAGCUCGCGACAAAUUUUAGACAACCUAUCUGCCACAUUCUCAAUCCUCCUUAUCAAUGAUCUUUCCAGUAUAAUUUUGGGCUCGUAUGAAUGUGUCUUCCUCAGGCUUGCGUUGAAGUAGAGGUGGUGCAUUGUAUGGCAUGCUGCACCGUUGAUGAUCUCGGAUGUGGAAAGUCCAGACCGUGACAAAGACGAAGAGCCCCAAAUAUGCGAUCUUCUGCAGAGGGAACAAGAAGGGGAAGAUAUGGUAUGGCAGACUUUGCGACCACCCGUCCAGGGGGUGGAAUGCAUAGCUCGCGAAAGGAGUCGGAACGACCCAUUUGUGAUGCGGUUUGUGCAGCCAUCGAUAAACAAGAGGAUGGUGCAAGCCACGGUGAAUCCAAUAGAUCCCGCUGUCGGUGAAGCAGAUGAAAAGUGGGUAUUGCAACCAGUUGUACCCUGGAAAUGGAGCCUCACUGGCAAAAUUGUAGAGUUUGGACCAUCCCCGCACCUCUGCGAGGAACAGAGGUGCUGUGAGGAUAGCCAUGAUGGGCAUCGCGGAAAGACCUUGUUUGAUCUCUUGUUGGAGUUGGUUUGGAAGGUAUCGGGGGUGCUGUAGAAGGCGCUUGUCAUACAUUGUGUGGUACAUGAUGAAGCUGCCAAAAAGGUACAUAGCUAGACCGAAGAACCUAUGGGGAAAUAAUAUUAUCAGCCGGCUCAUGUUUUCAGCAUAGGGUUGAUGAUACAUACCAAAUCAUCAAAAAUAGCGAUAAAGUUUGUCUCGCCAUAUUGUCGCGCUUCAAUAGGCUUGCUUCCGCCCAACCAGAUGGCUCCAGG